AGCUGGGUUACGUAGUGCUGUAAAGCGUCGAGGAGUGGAACUAUUCAUCCACCACCCAGAGCAAGAGUGGUAUCGAAACGUUCAGAAGGCCAGAUUUUCUGCAUUUCGAUUUCCCGAAUAUGCUUCUCAAGGCUUAGGGUUCUCACUCGCGGAUCCGCGCGAUAAAGAUCACCAAAUAAAGGAAAGUCAGCGCUGGGACCGCUAUCAAAAGCUCAAACUCGGUACUAUAACUGCAAAGCCAAACCUCUUUUCUGAUCUGGUAGAAACCAUUCCACGAGUCGGGGGGAUUGGAUACUACAACUUGUAACCUCGUCACCACUCGGCUCACUUAAGUUCAGUUUUAUUAAGUACCACCUCCUAGCUCUUCUUCUUUUUUGUUAAUGGUAUUGAGGGGGGUUGACUGCGUAGUCGUGGUUUUUUGUCAACAUCAUUACCUUACUUGAUCAGAAUUAGUGCUAGUCGUCUUCCUUCAAAGAUUUGUACUUGUACGUCAAACAAAUGUAAUUUUGCAUAUGAAUAUAUUCUUGCAUAGAAAUUAUAAUAUCCGGAGUAGUGAAGUCAGACGUCUACAAAUGAAUUGUCUUCGCCCUCUACUUAUUCAGAUUAUAAUGCAGCCUUAUACAAGCUGCCGUGUCUGUUCGUGUGUCGCUGGCAGCAUCUUCAUUGGAUCAUGGCGCAUUUUCCUAGUCUGGAUCCCGAAUUCGAGUUCGGACUACCUCCAUUUGCUCCGGAUACUUCCAAAUUGCGAUUCAC